UCCAAACAACUGCGCUGCAGCUUUUUUCGUUUUCGGGGGAAGAAAAUGGAUGAUGAAAAUCAGUAUGGUAUGAUGGAUCUAACGCAGUACCUAAAUGGAAGGCCUUUAUUUUCUUCAGUUUCACCAGAUUUAUUAUGUAGUAACCAACAUUUCGAUAUGUUAAUGACUUCUACUACUACUACUACAGCUACUACUCAUGUGCCUCAACACGAAAACUAUUUUCCUCAUCAUCAUCAUUAUCAUUAUCAUCACGGGUUUCAUCCCGAAUCUAGCACGGUGGCAGGUAGUACUGUUAGUGGUGGGUGCGCGUUAAGCGCGAUGGAGACGGAGGGUGGAAAUGGGAGGUGGCCAAGGCAAGAGACACUUAAACUACUUGAAGUUAGAUCACAACUUGAUUCUAAGUUCAAAGAAACUAUUCAAAAAGGUCCUCUUUGGGAUGAAGUCUCUAGGAUUAUGUCUGAGGAAUAUGGAUAUCAAAGAAGUGGAAAAAAGUGUAGGGAGAAAUUUGAGAAUUUGUACAAAUACUACAAGAAGACUAAAGAUGGGAAAGCUGGUAGACAAGAUGGUAAACAUUAUAGAUACUUUAGACAACUUGAAGCUCUUUAUGGUAAAACAAGUAACACAAUUAAUACAAACACAUUUCAUCAAUAUCAAGUACACUACAAUCAACAACCUCAUCAUUGUCCUAAGGUCUCUGACGACAAUCUCUAUGAUUCCUCUGAUUCUGAUGACUCAGAUAAUUCGUCUAAUGAUGAUUCAAAGAGGAAGAAUAGUAAGAAAAAAGGGAAAAGGAGUUGGAAAGGUAUGAUAAGUGAUUUUAUGGACAUACAAAUGAGGAAAUUAAUGGAAAAACAAGAUAUUUGGUUAGAGAAAAUGAUGAAGACAAUUGAAGAUAAGGAAAAAGAGAGGAUUUUAAGGGAAGAAGAAUGGAGGAAAAAAGAGGAAAUUAGGUUAGAAAAACAACAAAAAUUUUGGGCUGAUGAGAGAGCAUGGAUUGAAGAGCGCGACGCAGUUUUAAUCGAUACGUUACGUAGAUUAAAUGGAGAAAAAAUCAUGACGAAUAGUACUAUAAAUUAUAACGAUGAAUAUGGUUCAAUAUCUUAUUGUAACAAGAAGCAAAAGGAAAUGAAUUCAUUGAGUUCAUAUUGUGAAACAUCAAGACAUGUGCCAAAUAUUCAUGAUACAAUCGAUGAUGGCUAUAUUGCUCGGAUUCUUUGAAAGUGUAGUGUCGCAUGUUUCAAGAUCUGACACAAAUAAAAUAAUAUUUCUGGAAAGUCUGAACGAGAAAAGACAAGAGUUUGUGGCAGGAGGUAAGUAGUUUAAAUUUGACUAUGUUAUUUUUGUUUUAUUGAGGAUGCUAGUUGAUUUAUUUUUUUUAUUUUUUUUGUGGAAU